UGAUAGUGGUCGCUAUGUCAGGUCGUGGUAAGGGCGGAAAGGGGCUGGGUAAGGGAGGUGCUAAGAGGCACCGCAAGGUCUUACGAGACAACAUCCAGGGUAUUACCAAGCCUGCGAUCCGCCGCUUGGCUCGCCGUGGUGGGGUAAAGCGCAUCUCCGGGCUGAUCUACGAAGAGACCCGCGGGGUGCUGAAGGUUUUCCUGGAGAACGUGAUCCGCGAUGCGGUGACCUACACCGAGCACGCCAAGCGGAAGACGGUGACCGCCAUGGAUGUGGUGUACGCCCUGAAGCGCCAGGGGCGCACCCUGUACGGCUUCGGCGGCUGAAUCGGCUUUUGAUCCCCUACAAACUUUCUAAGGCCCUUUUAAGGGCCACCCACUGGUGCAUGGAAAGAGCUGGGUUCGCUCGGCCUGGGAAGCUGAAAGGUCAGACUGUUCUGGAGCUACCGCCCUGAUGCGAGGGUCCCUCGCGGUGGUGGGGUUUCUGUUUAAAUUACGUGGGUUGGCUGCUAUGUUGCACCCGGCUUCCAAGGAGGGUCUUCUGGGUUAAUAGGUUUUUAAGUGCACCAACUCCAAUGCACGUUUCAGAGCUCCCUUGCUAGUAGUUUCUUCCUGGAUGCUUUUCUGAGUCUGUUGUUUAAUCUUUGCACUAAUUCACCCUGUUCCUGUUAAAUAUUAGUGCUAUACUCGUGUAUUAACGGCCAAGGUGAUGAGAGGAUCCCCACGACCAUCCACUGCUUAAUUUGCAAGGGUGGGUGUUGCUCUUUUUUUUUUCUUCUAUAACCGAUGGGGCAAGGCCAGGGGUGCUGGGGCUCUGAAUUGUUACCGGUGCUUGGCUGCAAAUUAAGCCCUAACAUCCACUGGUACCUUUGCAAUGGGGGCACAAUUGUCUCUACUCAGCAGGUGCUGAAGGGUUGUAGCUGCCCUGUCCUUCCUUCCCCCCACCCCCUCCAGCAGCUCAUUUGGUGUUACAGCAAAGGGGGAUUGGACUAGCAUCUACUACCUAGAGAUCCACCUUGUGCUCACUGGGAUACACAAAGCUGUUGUCACAUCUGCGCAGCGGGUUCGUCUGCCAGGACCGGGGCCACCCACUGAUUCUGCAGUGCUGCUGUCCCUGGCUUCGUGCGAGCUCUGGCCUUGAGGGUCAAUUCCUGCCUGGCCUAGGAAAUUCAGACUCUGCCUCUGGUUACAUUCAUGCUGCUAUAAAACUUCUCAGGGCAGCUUAUGGGUGGCUGGUGAGGUUUUUGCCCCAGCACCCAGGCACUUUGGCUGCUCCCAGAGCUCUCUUGGUUUUUCCAAACUCCCCUGUGAGCUGCCAUGCUCUGCUUCACUCUCUCGCUCUCGUGGCUGCUCCACCAGGCGCUGGGGAAGCUCCUGGGGCCCCAGGAAGGUUGCUGAAUGGUCUGGUGCAAUGGAGGGGAGUCUGUGACACCUGGAAGUGUAGCACAGUGGGGAUGGCCUGGGCCCCCUGCUGAGCCCCAGGCCGUAUAGGCUCCCCAGGGUGAGGUUUGCACAGAAGAAGCACCAUUCUUGUGUCCCAUUGUUGUUUCUGUCCCUAAAACUGGGCACCCAAAUUCUCAGUAGAGCCCAGGGGCAGGGGGCCAGGAGCCCAGAACUCCCAAGUCCUGCAUAGGUGAGUCCUGGGUUGGUGGGGGGGUGCCAAUGGCUGAUACAUGACAGCAUCAGAAGUGCCGGUUGACCCACAGGGUUGUUAGCGUGUUCACGAUUCAAAUCUGCAUUAGAACUUGAAGCUGGCCUGGCCCUGCCCUGAUUAAAAACAUGACCCCCAACUAGUGAAACAGAAAAUUUAUUGGCGGGGGGGGGGGCAGGAGGGGUGAAAAAUCAAGUGCGGCAGGAGGAGAAAUUGGGAGCCAGAAACAGGUUCCCGCCUUGGGAGCAAAUCAUUUCACAGGACACCAAGGAGCAUUUCAACGGAGCAUCCACCACGCACCAUUGCGCCUUGCCAUAGGGCAGGCUGCUGAUUUCUAGCAAAUACUCAAGGCCCUAGCAAAGUGUCAUUUUCCACAAGUGCCUACAGGCAGCUGGUUGUCAGGGGACAAAGCGUUGCCCGAAAAGCAUCGUUUUUGUCAUUGGCAGCAGGUGCAGCAGCCAGAAAGGAACCGUGGGCAUCUGAUUAGCUGCAAUACAGGUGUGAGGAACUGUCCUUUCGGAAGAAUGGGACCAGUUCACAGACUCUGCUUUGCCCCAACAUUUCCCCCCUGCCUCUAGGGCCCGGCCUAGCCUUGUCUUCGUAUGGGACCCCUGCAGCACUAUCGGGUGAAUCCUCUGCAAGUACCAUACCCCCUACACAACCUGCCGGAUGCACUGGGGCACUGGCUGCUCCCCGCCCCCAACAUUUAAACCCCACCGCCCCCCUCUUUCAUGAACACGGUGCUAAACACCUGGCAGCAGCUAACAGCCCAGGGCUCCUGAUGCGACUACCGCGAAAGGGAACAGGCUUGCAAAACUCCUGCCCCCCCACACACAUACAAUAGAGACUGGGUUGACAA